UCCAAACUAAGCAACACAUCAAACAAAAUGAAAUAAACUCUUGUAUGAGUAAUGAAAAGCAACAGUAGUGGGCAAAUAAUAUGAAAAGAGAGCACAAAACAAAGACAGUUUGAAGAAAUACCAAAAGAAUGCAGGCACCUUCCACACGGGAGGUCACACAAUUGUGCUUCCAUGGAUGCUGCCCAACUGCGUUCUUUACUCUAAAUGAAGCUGAUAAAUCCACAAUUGCAAAACCCAGAAAUUCUUCGGCUGAAAACCGCCGCACUUUUGCUUCCACAACCUCUUCCUCUUUGUUCCCAAACACUGAGUUUAACAACCCUGACUGUCUUCCUUCCCUGCAAGAAGCAUUUGAUCAGUUUAUCAGAACCUAUCCCCACUAUUGUGAGACAUACCAAAUAGACGAAAUACGAGCUCGAGAAUAUUACAACCUUUCUCUGUCUAACCAAGUAUGCCUUGAUUACAUUGGCAUUGGCCUGUUCUCUUUCUCACAGCUACACAACCAGCUUUCUCUCACAUAUCCUUCAACAUCCUCUUCACCACCUCCAUUGCGGCCACACAGCUCAGACUUUCCGGUAUUCCACUUAUCUUACAAGUCAGUAAAUUUAAAAAACCAGUUACUUGAAGGAGGAAAUGAAUCAAAAUUAGAGUCUGCAAUCAAGAAGAGGAUCAGGGAUUUUCUUAACAUCAGUGAAGAAGAUUAUUCUGUUGUUUUGACAGCAAACAGAACUUCAGCCUUCAGAUUAGUUGCAGAAUCGUACCCUUUUGGAUCUUGUAAGAAGCUACUCACUGUGUAUGAUCAUGACAGUGAGGCAGUAGAUGCAAUGAUCAGUAGCUCAGAGAAGAGAGGAGCACAAGCAAUGGCAGCUGAAUUUACCUGGCCAAGGUUAAGAAUUCACUCAUCAAAAUUGAGAAGUAUGAUCACCAGCAAGAGAAUGACCAGCAAGAAAAGAGGGCUGUUUCUUUUCCAGCUUCAAUCAAGAGUGACAGGUGCAAGAUACUCUUACCAAUGGAUGAAAGUGGCACAGGAACAUGGAUGGCAUGUUCUGCUUGAUGCCUGUGCUGUGGGACCAAAGGACAUGGACAGUCUGGGACUCUCUCUCUUCAAACCAGAUUUCCUUAUUUGCUCCUUCUACAAGGUUUUUGGGGAGAACCCAUCAGGAUUUGGGUGUCUCUUUGUCAAGAAAUCGACUAUUUCGAUUCUUGAAACUUCGACGACUGCUGGAAUUGUAAGUAUUGUCUCAGCAAGAAAGUUAUUUUACCUUCCUGAUGAAUCUUCUGGUACUGAAACAGAGAUUGAGCAAGAACUUGAGUUGGGUUCAUCAUCAUCCAAUUCCUUCUCAGGUCCAAUACCUAUCCAAGCAUCACGAACAGAGAAAGGGGAGCCCUCUACAUCAGUAAGGACUAAGGAUGCUAGUGUGAAGAUAAAUGGAGAAAAAGUUUCUGAAAUUGAAGCUAUAGAUGAAACAAGUGAACUAUUUGUUAAGCCAAGAAGCACAAGAAUCAGCAGAAAUAAGAACUCCUUAGUUGAAUGUAGGUGCUUGGAUCAUAUUGAUUCUUUGGGGCUCUCACUGGUGAAUAGUAGGAGCAGAUACCUUGUUAAUUGGCUCAUAAAUGGCUUGACGAAGCUGCGCCACCCGAAUGCAGAUAAGGCAGUUCCCUUGGUAAAAAUAUAUGGGCCGAAGAUAAAGUUUGAUCGAGGACCAGCCUUGGCUUUCAAUGUGUUUGAUUGGAAAGGAGAAAAGGUUGAGCCUAUAUUAAUACAGAAACUUGCUGAUAGGAAGAGCAUAUCUCUGAGCUAUGGGUUUCUGCAUCAUAUCUGGUUCCCAGAAAAGUAUGAAGAGGAAAAGGACAGAGUUCUUGAGAAAAGGAAAUGUGAAGCAAAGGAAAAUCCAGGGAACAAACGAAAGGAAAAGGGACACCUUGGUAUCAGAGUAGUUACAGCUGCAUUUGGGUUCAUAGCCACUUUUGCAGAUGCUUACAAACUUUGGGUUUUCAUAGCACAAUUCUUGGAUGCAGACUUUGUGGAGAAAGAAAGAUGGAGAUACACUGCCCUCAAUCAGACAACUGUCGAAAUGUGAACUAAAAUUCUGAAUCCAUUAUUGAUUUUCCAAGUUUUCGGAAUUAUGAGGUCACUGAUGCUUGAGGUUAAGCCUAUCAAAGUUGUUAGUGUACUUAGAUACAGGUUGUUAGCUCUGCACCUUUUUGGCAGCAAAAUUCAUGUUACAAUUGUAUAACUAGACCCUUAGUUAUUCUUCGAAGAACAAAUAGUAUCAGCUACUUCUUAUAGCUUACUCACUAGUGACAAACAUAUUCUGUUCAAAUUGUCAA